AGCAGUAGAUGCUAGGAGCAAUUUCAAGCGAUAAAAAGAGUACAAAUAUCAACGUUCGCUCGAUCUACAACAACUUUAUCUCUUCUUUAAAUGAUGAUCUGUUGCUACAUCUACCUAAAGAUGAGGGGUUGAAGGAGUUGAACAAUGCUGAAAAGAUAGUAGAUUAUCUCUACACAUGCUGGCUAGUACCUGAGAUAUGUUAUCAUGUUGCUUCCACCUGUCGUUCCCUUUGCAAAGUUUUCGUGGUGCGAGGAAGUGAGGACCAGACGAAACAUGUGGAGUAUGUGCAUGCCUUAGGAAAGACUGCAGCGCAUACCAACAUAUCCGUAGAAUGCUACAAUUUUAUGAUAUCAAAGGUGGGAAUUCUCAAAGAUGAUCUGUCCUCGAAAGAUACUCUUAACAUAUUGUCAGGAAUAACAAGCAUUGUCAAGAGUGUUCCCCAAUGCAAAGAUCUUAUCUGUAAAGAAGAUUUGCUGAGGUUAAGGAAAUCCGGUGAUGCUGAAAUAAGCAGGAGUGCAGAGCACUUGCUGACACUGUGCAAUGGUCUGAAUGACGACGUGUUUGGUACCUCGACACCUGUGGAUUACCCCGGGGAUCUUUGGAAGGAAGACGGUACUGGUGACGCAGUUAUGGAUGAUUCAGAACCAGUGUAUCUGGAGAGAUUGUCACAUUCCAUAUUUGACACUUGUGGCGGUACCCUUCAUAUAAAGCAAAAGAAGGGUACAGUUAAAGAACUCGUCCGCACAUCAAAUGUUGAAGAAGCAAUCGCACAUAUCGGCGAAGCAUAUGAUGCUAGAAAGCCAGUUUUAUUACAGGGUCAAAUAGGGUCAGGAAAAACGUGCGUCUUGGAGCAUUUUGCUUCGUUGUUCGGGCUCAGUCAGGAGGAUGUGUUGUCGGUUCAAUUGGACGAACAGACUGAUAGCAAGAUCCUGAUAGGGAACUACGUAUGCAGUGAAGUGCCGGGACAGUAUGUCUGGCAGCCUGGUAUCAUUACUCGGGCAGCCUCCACCGGGAAGUGGAUUAUAUUCGAGGAUAUCGACCACGCUCCCUCCGACAUCAUAGCCCUGAUAAAGUCUGUAACAGAGACUCGUCGUAUCCAGACCCCGGUAGUGGAACUUCCAACCCACCCCAACUUUACGAUAUUCCUUACUCAGCGGGUCACUGACAAUGGUUUCAGUUACAAACAUAACCCUGUACUGGCUAUGCUGGACAACACUUUCAUUCAAGUCAGACUGAAAUUUUACGACGAUAUCCAACUGAAGCAGGUUAUAUCAGGGAAGUUCCCAGCACUGGCCGGCUGCUCGGAGCGCCUGGUUCACCUCUACAACUCUCUAUCUAACUCUACCCUCAGACAAUUAAUGAAAUGGUCGAGCAGGGUGCAGGGGCACCUCACUCACAACCUCACUGUCGUCACUAAAGAGGUGUUCUUGGAGGCAGUUGAUUGUUUUUGCAGCUGGCAGUCUUGCCCUCAAAAGCGCACUGAGACAGCCUACAAGAUCGGAACUUUUCUCAGCAUGCCAAAAUCGAAGGUAGAGAGCUAUCUGACGAGCUACCAGCCAGUAGUGACUGCCUCCCGAACCCACUACACGGUGGGGCGGUGCACUCUUCAAUGUGGGGGAACACCCCACCCCACCCCACUCUUCGCCCACACUCGGCACACUGUGGUGUUGCUGGAGAAGCUUGCCUGCGCUGUCCUGCACUGUGAACCUGUGCUUCUCACUGGCGAGACUGGUAACGGUAAAACGGCGUCAGUCCAGCAUCUAGCAGCAAGAACGGGCAACAACCUGGUCGUGAUAAACAUGUCUCAACAGAGUGAUGCAGCCGAUCUUAUUGGCGGAUUUAAGCCACUUGAUGUAGUCCAGCUCAUGAAACCACUAUACACCACCUUCGAGCUCCUUUUUAAAGAUUCCUUCUCUGUCACUAAAAACGCAAACUUCCUUCAAAAAGUUCAGGUGUGUGUGUGUGAUGUAAUUUACUGGAUAAAGAAGAUUAAUGAAUUACCGGAGGAAGAAACGCGUGUCUGUCUUGCAUCACAUCUGACAUCUGGCUCUUAAUUACAGUUCUGUCGUCGAGG